AUGGCGGCUUCCGCUCUCCCAUUACUGCGGCAGCGCGUUGUAUACAAGCACAUCACGUGGCCCGAUGUAAACAAUGGGACUCCCCACUUCAACUUCAACUUUCAUCUCGAACAAUCUUCAGCUCUAAUUCCAAUCGACCGCUUCAAUUCCCAGCCUCAGUCCCCCCAAUCAAAGAACUACAAAAAUCUUGAAAAACCAGAUCUCACUCACAAAACAACCCCACCACAAAAAUCAACACAAUGCCCCCCCCUAAACCCCCACCGCCGAACAGACUCCCAACCAACAUACAGAACCUCAAUCCUCCCAACAGGCUCCUCAACACCAUACAGCAACACAGCAACACAUACCUUCAACCAACCACAUACAACAACCGCCAACUCAGGAUCAGGCUCAACGUCAAUGUCAACAGCCAAACAGCGCCAAUACGCCCACCUACACUCCCAGCUCGCGCAGUUAAACGCCAACCUGGCCGACACGGAGAACCUGCUCCGUAUGACGGCCGUGCAGGCGGGUGAUAUGCGCUUUUUGGGCGGGUAUGUCGGCGCGCUGUUUAUGGGGUCUGCUAAAGUUAUUGGGGAGGAGGGGGUUAAGGGACAGGCUGAUGGGGUGGGCACGCCUGGGGAGGGGGUUGUUAAGGUUGAGGGGGAGGAUGAGUGA